CGUUCAUAAAAGCCAGCCCUACGUUCCCGCGUCAUUCCUCUUCUAAAUUCGCCUUCGUUUACACAUUUUCAGAGGCUGCAAUUUCACUUCCCUGGCUUUGCAUUUUGAUCGGAAAAUGCAGAUCUAUUUCCUUAAUUAAUCGAGGAAUCAUGGCUAUGUCCAGAGAUAUACAUGAGAUCGUCUCUAAACUUUCAUCCGACAAAACAAAAAUCAGAGAGGAAGGAAGGGGUUAAGCUUUUGGACAUUUAUCUGGAAGAGCCAGGAUGCCGCAGCUUCUGCAAAUUUCUCAGCAAGAACACUGCUAAGCUCCAGCGGAAUGAGAUUCCUCACUCUGAAACGUGGCCAUAUCUUCUCACAUUGCUCAUCCAGUGUGUGGCCACAGAGAUAUCCACGAGCAGGAAAAGGGCAGUGAAACCAAUUUUCUUUAAGACUCUUAAGAACUUUGUUGACCAUGCAGAAGACAUUAAGUAUUCAGGUAGGACAGUGCUGCUAUUGCCUGCCAUUAAGCCACUCUUCAAUCACAUAUGGGAAGUUCUACGGGAUGCUACAAACUUUCCUUCUGAUUACUACAACAUUCUUCAACAACUGGUGGCCAAAAAACAGUAUCGCAUAAACUUGAGAAAGCGACUUUAUUGCAGUCUAGUACUUAAUUUAAUGAGAAAAGUGGAACUAUCUUUGAAGGGAGAGUUGAAUUCCAAUACGAGCUCUAAAGAAGUCCAGACGCUUCAUAUACUCUUGGAGAAUCCUCCUGGAGACUUCCCUGAUAAUUUAAGGGAGGAACUUGUCAAGUGGUUUGUUGGGUUUGGUCCUCACUUGAGAGAUGAGAAGGUUUCAUGCAAGAUUUUUCAGUUCAUCAAUAUAUUUCUGUUAAAGGAUGGUCCGAAUUUAGGCACCCAAGUUCUGGAGAUUCAUUUGGUUGUUCGGGAAAUUAUGGUUCAAUGCUGGAUGUCGACUCAUGAUCGAGGACUAAAGAAUGCACUUAUUCUUUAUGCAAGGAUACAAUUGAAAUUGAGCAGGAGAUCUUCCGUUAGAAGUGAACUGUUAGAGCAACUUUUAUAUGUUGUUAGUAAGAUACUGGACCAGAGUGAUUCUUCUGGGUCUAGUACCCCAUGGUAUAUUGACAUUGCAAUGAGAGGCAGGGUUGGCAGCAUUGCUAGUUCACUGCACAGUUUGAUGGAACUUGCGGCUUCUGUUAUUUAUAAGGCCUGUACUCAUGCCCUUAAGCCACCUUCUUCUGUGAAACGAAUCAAGAAGGAUGACGCCGAAACACGAUUGAAAGAAGGGAUAAUGAAAGGAAAAUGGUUAUGGAAUUGUGCUUUUUGUUUCCUUCUACGGAAUCAUCGAACCCGUAUUCCUAAAACACUUGUCCUUAACUGGUUUGAAGGCUUAUCUGAAAGUUUUGAGAGGAUUAUUAGCGAGGGAAUCACUGCACAUGAUUAUGAUAGUCCGCUUUGGGCUUUGCGGAGCUUGCAGGAGCUUGCUGCUCUAUCAUCGUUCCUUUAUUCAGUAAAGUCUUCAAAUUACUCCAAUGCCAUUUCUUGGGAGUCCAUGCAGGUCCUUGGUGGUUGGCAUACAAUUUGGAGCUGUUUAAUGCAUUGGCUUCCCAUUUUCAGCAAUGUGAUACAUUUGGUGGAUGCUGCUUUGAUGCUCUUGGGGAGAAUUGUUUCGAGAGGGCUAGUACAUAUAUAUGAUGUACCUCAAGAAGUGUGGGACCUCAAAUUAUUUUCAGAUGUGCCUUCAUUGUCUACUUUGUACUUCAUUGCUUGCUAUUUCUGUAGACCGAGUUGUCAGGGUAGCCUUCAAGAUAUUUUUCACUUGAGGCAAAAACUCUUGAGAGCUAUCUUACGGUUAUUUCUCAAGGAGGAACAAUUUGAGGCAAAGGAACACAUGCUUAUGCUCUUUCCGGCGGCUGUAUUAGCUCUUUGUGCUGGUUGUGCUCCCUUUCCAACUAAUGAUAAAUCUGUGGAGGUUAUAAAUUUUUGCAGUCUUAUACCAUUUGAUGACUGGGCUAAGGUGAAGGAACCUGACCAGGCCAUCGAGAAUGAACUUAGCGCUUUGGAUUGCUCUGAGGAAGUCUUGGCAGAAAUUGAGACUGGCUUUUGUGUUGAGGUGGAUAACACAGAAUGUUAUUCAAAUAUACGUCUUCCUCGAUCAAUAGUGCGACUGCUUUUGCAUGAAUUUGAGGAUGACUUCCUUAAAAAGCUUACCUCAUAUCAUGAGAUACAAUUAUCUUUGCCUGAACUUUUCCAUCUAUGCAACCUCCUUUGCAAUGUUAUUUAUGGAUUCAUGUUUGCAAGGCUUAGAGGAGUAGAAUCAUUAUUCCUCACCAAGAUGCUUCAACAUCUCUCUGAAUUUUUAAAACAUUCAAUUGGUAUAAUUAAGGGUUAUUAUACUGAAAUCCAAAAUCGUCCUUGCUUGGGUUCUGGCCCCUUUGUAGCUAUUGAAGGUUCAACUGUGGAAGCUUUUCAGAGCUUGAUGUGCUCACCACUAUUCAGUUCAUUUAUAAGCGAGAGGAGUUCUCUUCUUGAUGAGCUAUCCAAGAGUAUUAUUCCGGUAAUCAACGAACUUUUGUUCGCUCUGGCAGAUCUAUUUCUCGAGUCCUCCAAUUGUUCAGGGAAUGAAGAUUUUGAGAUGGUAGUUUGUCAUGAAAGUGACCUUGUUUGGAAUGACGAAGAAGAGAAUGGGGUUGAUCUUGAGAUGGAGUUGGAUCAAGACGAUUGUUCCAAAGACAAAGAUUCAUUAAUUGCAAAUAUGUGCAAUGUGUCAAGGACUGUUUUCUCUUUCGUGCAAUGGAAGUUGGAUUUGGUUUCUAUUAUUUCAAGUAUCCACUCAGUUUUGCCUGUCCCUACUUGGGAUAUCCUGUUUAACCUCUUGGAAAAGGAAACAAAUACGAAGGUUCGUGAAAGUAUUCUUUACAACCUUUGCAAAUUAUUUUCUGGUUCCUCACCAAGAAAUAUCUUGCGUCUGGUGAACUCAUUCAAUACGUUAUUGGAUGAUCCCGAGAAUUCUGAAGUUGAUCCAGCUUGUAUAUUGACUUCUAUUGAUGCUUUUCUGGAGAGCUUGCUCUCUGCUGCCUCCGGAAGAAAUAAUGGGGACACAGAGCACUCGAUAAUGGGGAAGCAAGCUGAGCAGGCGCUUGGAGAUCUUGGUGUCUUGGUGAAUAAAGUGGCAGACCAUGGUCUGGAUUGGCCUACAAGAAUGAAUCUUAUCAAUUGCAUAUGUCAUUUUGUUUCACUUGAUCCAUGUACUGCCCAGGUUAUGAUCGAAAGGCUUUUUGCAAUGCUCCAAGAUGCAGACUACCGAGUGAGACUUUCCCUUGCAAGGCAUAUAGGUGUGCUCUUCCUGACAUGGGAGGGUCAUGAACAACUUUUCCAGGAUAUUUGUUCUAAUUUCCGGGUGAAGUUGGUGAUGGCCUCAAAAGGAAAGAUUGUUACAGCUAAGGAUGUUCUUGAUGUCGGUGUUCAAUCACAGCUAUUUUUGGAAACUGCUGUUAUUACUCUGGCGCAUCUUGCUUAUUUCAGUGACAAAGUGGAGAUAGAGGCCAUCUUCAUGGCAUGUGUUGUUGCCGCUAUGGAGCCUGCACUGAGGGAAUUGGUCUAUGCUAUACUUGAUACGCUCUCUAAACAGCUCAAGUAUCCGACCAGGUCAAAGUAUUUGGAACAACUUAUGGGAUCACUUCUUUCUCGUUGGGUGACUUGCCAAGUGAGCUUGGUUGCAUUAGUUGAGAUUCGCGGCUUGUUUAUACCUGAAUGUCAACCUGAUUGUUUCAUGGAGUCUUGCUGCCCUUGGCUUCUUCCGCCUCUUAUUUUAAGUGGGGAAAGUUCUAACAUGAAUUGGGCUGCAACAGUAACAUGUGAACCUCUGUCAGAGCUUGUGAAGAAGCACUUUGUACCAAUAUUCGCGGCUUGCAUGACUUUUCAUUGCAGUAAUAAGUCAAGCAAUAGCCAUGCUAUCAAAGUGCUUCAGAGUUCAAUUUUGCACAUUGCAGAUAUCUCUGAGCAUGAGCGAGAUAACCUCAUAAAGACGAACACGGUUGCCAUUGUCGGUUGCCUCCUUUCACUUACCUCCUCUACUUCCCACCCGGAUGCACCCUACUUUCCAAAGGAUACUAUAGUGGUUGCAAUAAGGACAAUUAUUGAUGGGCUUUUGGACACAGAUGGUUGCCCUGAUAAUGCUGGUCUCAUUGAUGACGUCAAGAUUUUCCGUCCUGAUAGAGUUUUCCAGUUUCUUGUUGGGAUACAUUAUCAGUUGACUUCUGCACUUCAUCCAAGGCAUAAGGUUCGUGCAUUGUCUAGUAUUGAGGUGCUUAUGAAUAUUAUUGGGUCCAGGGCUGCAAUUUCUACCACUUCUUGUUAUCUUUUCAAUCUACUUGGUCAGUUCAUCAGUUGCAGUAUGUUGCAAGAACAGUGCUGUUUCUUACUUUCUUCGCUGAUUGAAAUAUUUAAAAGUAAUCCCUCGAAGGAUGCUAUCAGUGCACUUAGUGAACAACUUCAGUUUUUGGUUUCAAAGUUGGUAGUCUGUUGCAUUCCCCCGGAACAAGAUGGAAAACAUUUUCAGGAAAAGUCUUCACGAAUUUUAUCUUUGAUCUAUCAGCUUACAGUGGAUGCCGACCCUUCCCUUUAUGAACACAUAAGAGUGUUGGAACCUUUUCCAGAACUGGAAUGCUUUGAGAAAGUCCGGAGUUUUCAUCAUGCGAUUUGUAAGGGACUGACUCCUAGAGAUCAAUUUUUUAUGUUUGUGAAGAGAUCGUGUUAUCUUCCUCUGAAGUUACGCCUACAAAGUCUUCAGAUAUUUCAUAGGAAGUUGCUUUCAAAGGAGUUAUUCCAAUCACAAGAGAACUCUAAUGAUAAUUAUUCCAUGCUUGAAAGCUGGAAUUGUGAGCCUGAGAUUGUUUCUGCAGUCUGGAAGUUGGUUGACAUGUGUGCUUCAGAUGAUGGAAUCAAUUUGAGAGGCAUGGUGGCGGAUUUUGUAUCUAGGGUUGGUGUGGGGGAUCCUCAUCGUGUGGUUGUCCGUUUGCCUGGAGAUUUUGAUCAAAAGCUUCCCUUUUCUCGGCUUAUCGUACGGUCUGACAGGGAAACCAACUUUGGUGUUGGCAUUGGUGUUUCAGAAGAACUAGUGGCUACACUUCUUAAAAUGUUUAAGAAAUAUCUUCUGGAUGAAUCUGUCACAAUAGUUGACAAGACAGCGCGAGCACUUCACGGGAUCCUUUUGACUAGAACGGGGCAAAGUGCGUUGUUGUUGUUGGACUCUUCUGAUAGAUCCUUUCUUAAGGUCCAUUCGAAAGGAGUGAAUUUGAAGCGUGUUGAGAAACUACUACAUGAUAUGGAAGCUACGGCGAAUGCAACUCCAUUGCAAGAACCUUCUCUUUGGCAGCCACAUGGUAAAACAUACGAGCAGUGGAUCUGUCCGCUUGUAUACUCUCUUAUUUAUCAUGCGAAUGACAUAGUUUUGCGAUUAUGUCGGGAUGUAGCAUUACUAAAGGCUGAAGUUGCUGAACUCCUAUUUCCUAUUAUUCUCGCAAAUAUAGCUAAAACAAAAGCCCCAAAUUCUGAUCUCUGCCAGCUGAUCUCCUCACAGGUACAAGAGCAUAUAUUUAUUGAAUCUAAUGUCUUAAUCAAAUCCAUUCAAGUCAUUUUGGAAGCAAUGAAUGAACUGCGGUUUUAUUAUGUGAUGGAAAGAGCUGGCAUGUCUUCAGUACAGAUAAAGGGAGAAACCCCAAAGGUUGGGAGACACUCUGGAAGCCGUGGUUCGAGAUCCCCUUACAUGGCAGAAAUGGCUUCUGAUUCCUUAGCCUCACAAAUGCAAGAUGCUUUAUCAAGCUGUUCGUGGCAGAAAGUGUACUGGCUUCUCAUAGAUUAUCUUGUGGUGGCAAAAGCUGCAAUUAUUUCUGGUGCAUACUUCACCUCUGUCAUGUAUGUGGAACAUUGGUGUGAGGAACAUUUUGGCACCCUGUUUUUGGGAGACCCUGAUUUUUCUCACCUUGAAAUGCUACCAGCUCAUGUUGAACUCCUGGUUGCUGCCAUCACUAAGAUAAAUGAACCCGACAGCAUAUAUGGGAUCAUUCGUUCACAUAAGCAGUUGGUGUCACAAAUUACUACUUAUGAGCAUGAGGGGAACUGGAACAAGGCUCUUGAGCAUUAUGAUUUGCUUGUGAGGACAAAACAAAUAAAUCGAAGGGAUGGAGAAUCGGAAAUAUUGGCAACUGAUAAUUAUCAGGGUGUCUCUCAAGUAAAAUCUUCCCAAUUUACUAGUGAUUCUGGUUGCUGGAACUCUUACAAAGGUCUGAUGAGAUCAUUGCAGCAAACUGGUUGUACUCAUGUUCUGGAUGUAUAUUGUCAAGGUUUGACUGCCCAGAAUGGCCACCUUCUGCAAGAUGCAGAAUUCACUGAAUUACAGUAUGAGGCAGCUUGGCGGGCUGGAAACUGGGACUUCUCUUCACUUUCAGUCAGGGCCAAUUCUGCACUUGCGGGCCAUAAUGUGUUUUAUAAGCACAAUCAUUUUAAUGAAAACUUGCAUAGUUGCCUAAGAGCUUUGAAAGAGGGAGAUGCAAGUGAAUUCCAACUAAAGCUCAAGGAGACAAAGCAGGAUCUUGUCUUCUUGAUUUCUUAUUCCAGCAAGGAGAGUACUGAACAUAUAUAUUCUACAAUACUUAAACUUCAGAUUCUGGAUCAUCUCGGCCAAGCAUGGAACUUGCGUUGGAAGCCAAUUUCUUGUCAAAAACAAAAGUUUUAUCUGAAACAGGAGGCAUUGUGUGAACCUAUCAUACCAAACAUGGAGCAGCUAGAGUGGCUUAAUGCAGAUUGGGAGUUCAUUCUGAAACAAACAGGCCCACAUCUUACUUUGUUGGAACCCUUUAUAGCCUUCAGACGGGUGUUAUUUCAAAUCUUAAAUUGCAAACCGUGCACAAUGCAGCAUCUUUUGCAGUCGGCAUCAACCUUCCGUAAGGGAGCCAGAUUCUCUCAUGCUGCUGCUGCAUUGCACGAGUUUAAAUUCCUCUUUAAUGAAAAUGAAACAUCGUAUAUUUGCUCUCUGGGAAGGCUUGAAGAGGCUAAACUUUUACGAGCCCAAGGUCAGCACGAGAUGGCUAUAAAUCUGGCAAACUAUAUUAUGAAUCAUUAUCAGUUGGCGGAAGAUGUUUCUAACAUAUGUCGUUUAACUGGGAAGUGGUUAGCUGAGAGCCGAUCUAGCAACUCAAGGACCAUUUUAGAACAAUACCUGAAGCGUGCAGUUAAACUUACUGAGGGAAAGAAGACAGUGAAGCAGGCAAUGUGUACAACAAGGCAGUGCCAAAUGCAUUUUCAGCUUGCGCACUACACUGAUGCUUUGUUUAGGAGUUAUGAAGAGAGACUUGCCUCUAGUGAAUGGCAAGCAGCAUUACGUUUGAGGAAACAUAAGGCCAAAGAGUUUGAGGCCCUCGUUAAGAGAAUGAAAACUGUAACAAAGGGAGAAAAGACAGACUACUCUAUGAAAAUACAGGAGUUGCACAAACAGCUUCAGAUGGACAAUGAAGAGGCCAAGAAAUUGGAGGAUGAUAAAAACAAUUUCCUCAAUCUAGCAUUGGAGGGAUAUCAGCGUUGUUUGGUCAUUGGAGAUAAGUAUGAUUUAAGAGUGGUCUUUAGACUUGUCUCUUUGUGGUUCAAUUUCGCAAUUGACCAAGAUGGUCGAACCAACCAAAACGUUGUAAACCAAAUGCUGAAGGCAGUAAAUGAGAUCCAAUCAUAUAAGUUUAUUCCAUUAGUGUACCAAAUCGCCUCAAGAAUGGGGAGUUCAAAAGACAGCCAGGAAUCAAUGAGUUUUCAGUUUGCUUUGAUCUCUCUUGUGAAGAAAAUAGCCAAAGAACAUCCGUACCAUACUAUGUUUCAGCUUCUAGCUUUAGCAAAUGGGGACCGCGUCAAGGACAAGCUGCGCAGCAGAAACUCAUUUGUGGUUGACUUAGACAAGAAGAAUGCAGCAGAGAAUCUCUUAAAGGAGUUGUCUUCUUGCCAUGGUGCUCUUAUUCUGCAGAUGAGACAAAUGGUUGAGAUAUAUAUUAAGCUCGCUGAAUUGGAAACAGAUAAGAAGGAUACUAAUAAAAGGAUGGCAUUACCAAGGGAUGUUCGUAGUCUUCGGCAACUUGAACUUGUCCCUGUUAUAACAGCUAAUGUACCUGUUGACCGUAACUGCCAAUACCAAGAGGGAUCAUUUCCCUACUUUAAAGGCCUAUCGGAUUCUAUCAUCGUGAUGUAUGGGAUAAAUGCCCCAAAAGUUGUAGAAUGCUUUGGCUCUGAUGGUAGGAAAUAUCGUCAACUUGCAAAAUCUGGAAAUGAUGAUCUUCGACAAGAUGCUGUUAUGGAGCAAUUCUUUGGUUUGGUAAACACUUUCCUGCAAAACCAUUGCGACACUCAGAAAAGGAGACUAAGCAUACGAACAUAUAAGGUUGUUCCCUUUACUCCUAGUGCUGGCGUACUUGAAUGGGUUGAUGGCACGAUCCCACUUGGUGAUUAUCUUUUGGGAAGCACGAAGGAUGGUGGAGCUCAUGGACGCUAUGGAAAAGGGGAUUGGUCUUACCAAGAAUGUCGGGAGUAUAUGACAAAAGGAAAGGAAAAGCUCAAGGCAUUUCACGAAGUUUGUGAGAACUACAGGCCUGUGAUGCACUAUUUCUUCGUGGAGAGAUUCUUGCAACCUGCCGAUUGGUUUGAGAAAAGACUCUCUUACACACGAAGUGUUGCAGCUAGUUCAAUGGUGGGUUACAUAGUUGGACUCGGAGAUCGUCACUCGAUGAACAUUCUCAUCGAUCAAGCCACUGCAGAAGUUGUACAUAUUGAUCUUGGCGUUGCCUUUGAACAAGGAUUGAUGCUUAAAACACCUGAAAGGGUGCCAUUUAGGCUGACAAGAGACAUUAUAGAUGGCAUGGGGGUCACUGGAAUAGAAGGUGUCUUCAGAAGAUGUUGUGAGGAGACCCUCCUUGUUAUGAGGACAAAUAAGGAAGCACUGCUUACCAUCAUUGAAGUUUUCAUUCAUGAUCCUCUGUACAAAUGGGCUCUUUCUCCUCUCAAAGCAUUGCAACGACAAAAGGAAACAGAUGAUGAUGUGGAUGCAGUGAUGGAGGACUCUGAGGAUGAAAUUGAAGGGAACAAAGAUGCUACCCGUGCAUUGUUGCGAGUGAAGCAAAAGUUGGAUGGGUACGAAGAUGGUGAAAUGAAAAGUGUACAAGGGCAGGUUCAGCGACUCAUCCAAAAUGCAAUUGACACAGAGAACUUGUGUAAUCUGUUCCCAGGAUGGGGAGCUUGGUUGUGAUUAUAGUGACACAUUAAGCAGACAGCCACGCCGUGUAAAAGGCGUUCUUUUCCCUUGAAUCAUUGUUUUCUUUUCCAUUUUGUUACAGUAUGUGUAUUAGGAAGCCGCCAUGCCAUGCGAUGUGAAAUUUACCGUUUCUUUCCUUGUAAAUGUGUAUAGCUAUCAAAGGUCCCCUUUUUUGUUGUGGGAAAAGUUUUGAUGUGAAUUUGUUGUUAAUAAUAAUGGAUAUUAGCUUUCGAUCUGUA